UGAAGAUAGAGACUCCCUUAAACCUCUGAUUUUGUGUUUUUUCUUUUUUUCUUCCUUUCUUCCUGAUCAAAGUGUGCCAACUCCCUUUGCUGGUGUAAGGAAGUAGUCGUACCUCUUGUCCAGUUUAUAUAAAUACUAUGUGUAUAUAUGACUAUAGUAAGUAGCACCACUCUGAAUUCGAAGCUUGCUUUAUUUGAGGCUGUGAUAAUCUUUCUCAUCGUAUGGCUUGCAAUAUGAAUAGAGGUGUUACUGCUUCUUCUUCUUCUUCUUUUACUCCGAUUAGGUGGAGUUAUGAUGUGUUCUUGAGUUUUAGAGGUGAAGAUACACGCAAUAAUUUUACUGGCCAUUUGUAUACUGCUUUGUGCCAGAGGGGUCUUCACACCUUCAUAGAUGAUCAUGAUCUUAGAAAAGGAGAAGAGAUUGGACCAACACUUGUCAAGGCAGUUCAGGAGUCGAGGGUUUCUGUUAUUGUAUUCUCUGAAAACUAUGCAUCCUCCAAAUGGUGCUUGGAUGAACUCCUCAUCAUCCUUGAUUGUAAAGAAUCAAAGGGUCAACUUGUUUGGCCCAUUUUUUAUAAGGUGAAUCCUUCGGAUGUACGAAAUCAGAGAGGCAGCUUUGCUGUGGCAAUGCGUGAGCAUGAAGUGCAGUUCAACUUCGACAUGGACCGGGUGCAGAGUUGGAGGACAGCCCUUACUCACGCAGCUAGUCUGUCUGGUUGGCAUUUUCCAGACGGGCAUGAAUCCAAGUUUAUCCAAAAUAUUGUUGAAGAGAUCUCAAUUCAAGUAUCAAAUCGGACAUACUUGAAAGUUGCGAAGUAUCCUGUAGGACUGGAAUCUCGUGUCCGGGAUGUGCAUGAGCUUCUAUGUGUUGAGGAAAAUGAUGUUCGCAUGGUGGGAAUAUGGGGGAUUGGAGGCAUUGGUAAGACAACAGUUGCCAAAUCUGUUUAUGGGUCAAUUGCUCAUCGAUUUGAAGGUAGCUGUUUUCUGGCAAAUGUGAGAGAAAGAUCAUCAGUGCCACAUGAAGGCUUAGUUCAACUGCAAGAAACUCUUCUUUCCAAGAUUUUAGGGGGUGUAGGAGUAAAGCUAAACAAUAUCGAUGAUCCUGCUUUUGAGAUAGAGAAAAGGCUAUGGAAUAAGAGGGUUCUAAUUGUUCUAGAUGAUGUGGAUCAUCUAAAGCAAUUAGAAAACUUAGCUGGAGGAUAUAGUUGGUUUGGUCCGGGCAGUUGA